UGUGAUGUAAUGACGCACGACUGCAGGUUUACGUGUAUUUGCUCAUUUACGGUAGUGGUGGAAAGCUACGAAGGGCGAGUGUUUUAGUAGCCUUGCUGCUUUGGGAAGUAAAAAUAUUUGUUAAUUUAAAAAGCACCUCGGUUAUCUGACAGCUUCGGUGCUUUACAGUCGCAGAAACAAACUGGAACAGUGGAGUUUAGCUGCCCUGCCAGCUAUUAGCCUUAUUUUUGUUUUUUGUCACCAGAAGCAAAGACGGGGACAUUGCCUUCUUCAGCAGACUUUGACGUCCAGCUGCAGCUCAUUAUUUGGGUCAGAUGAGCGGCUGCAGGGAGGAGACAGGAGUGUCGCUACGCUGAAGCUGGAAGAGGCUUUAUGUGGAGGUGGUUAUUCAUGUUCAGGCUGCUUGUGUAAAGUUAGGGGAGUUAAAGGAGAAGACAAAAAGCUUUAGGACCCGAGAAGCUUUUACAUCAACCUGGAUCACAUCUCCAACACCACUACAGGGCAGUCAGUAUGUGCUCUGAAGGUCAGCCAUGCAUCUGAGGUCCUAUCCAAAGCUCCUGCACUCAGAGUUGCAUUUGAAUGCAACUCCAGUUCAGGUAUCAUCUCAGAGGAACAUUCUUUUUGGGAGCCAGCAGAAGACGCUGAUGAGGAAUAUGUCCAGUAAUCAGAGGAACAUCAGCACCAGCCGUAUUCCUCUAGGUUUCAUCUCCACCAACACUCUCUGCUACAGUACCAAUGGAGCAUCACUGCAUCUGAAGGUACCCUGCAGCACCACUGUGCAGCAGCUCGCCUCACCAACCAGCAGGUCCAUCUCUCCUCUUGGAACGUGCCGGACCACAGCAGAGGAUGCUGAUCCGGCGCUGAACGUGUGGACUGUCAUCAGACCUGGACAUGUGCGUGAGAAAAUCGCUAUGUUCGCUUCAGAGGGGAGGGGGACGGAUGGGGCCGACAGCAGUGACCACAGCUCAGCUAGCUGUUUGAGCUGCUGCGAUGCAGCAGGGAUGGCAUGCACCAACAGCAGCACUUUGACAGGGCAGCUGCGUGCUGUGAAGGCAAAGGGAAGUUGGGAUGAAAACAGCUCUGCCAAGAGGCGCCGCAGGUCCUUGAAUAUCCAGAACCAUCAGCUGGACCAGAGGAGCCAUUAUCUGAGUAAACCGCAUUGUGAACCCAAACCAAAGUCAAGGUAUUCUGAGUCAACUGUUGGAAGCUGUGGGGAGGCUCCAGUGUCAGCAGAGGAGGAGCAGAAGGUUUCAGUUGUGGAGAUGGUGGCGUUUCUGGAGCAUAGAGCCAAUGAGUUGCAGCCAAACCUAAAACCUCUGUUAAAUCUCCAGAGGAGCUCCACUACUAUCACCCUGUCUAAAACCACCCGGCCGGACAUCAGGGAGGGGGAGGAGCCAGAGAUUAUCAAGGUCUCAGAAAUGGUGGCCAAGCUGGAGUCAGAGUGUCUGAGGACCACUGAGACCAGUCUUUCCAGGAGCAACAGCCUGAAGAGGACGGUGGGGCGAGUCCUUCUAGCUGGAGGGCAGAAGAACUUCGGCCCCUGCCACUCUGCACCGCAGUCAGAAGCAUCAGUGCCACCAGAAGCUCUGAACUGCUGCAAGAAACCAAUCCGCUCUUCACAAGCGGUCAGGGUGGAGCCUCCUGCCACAGAUGCACCUUUAGGUGUCUCUGCACCACCUUCAGCUGACCCCGCUGAGACGCUUCAGGAGGUUUCAGGGAAGACACCCACCGCACCCCCUCAGCCUGUGGAGCAGGAGCCACUGCCCGGCCUCCUGUUUCUUUCUCCUGUUAACGCUGAGUCAAAACUCUGCACCCCCCAUUACAGAACAAGCUUUUACUUGGAGCCGACGCUUCCUCCCGCUUCUUACGCUGUCAGCACCUCUCAACAGCCAGAGAAGAACAAGGACAACAAAACGGUGGGUUUUCCUUCUUGCUCUAUCACAGUGCCUCUUGGGCGGAGUGCUUCAGUGUCACAGGACUUCCUGAAAGUGCGCCAGCGGCUGCAGCAGCUGCUGGCGCCACAGUCGUACCUGCUCAUGCUCCCCCAUCACCUGCUGGUGAACAUGCUACUGCUGCUGCCAACGCAGAGCCUCGCUGCACUCAAGUGCACCUGCAGCUACUUCAAGUUCAUCAUCGAGAACUACGGCGUGCGGCCUGCAGACUCGCUCUGGGUAGCAGACCCUCGUUACCGCGACGAUCCCUGCAAACAGUGCAAAAAGCGUUACUGUCCUGGAGACGUGUCCCUUUGCCGCUGGCACCACAAGCCAUACUGCCAGUCUCUGCCCUAUGGGCCAGGAUACUGGAUGUGUUGCCAUGGUGCCCAGAGGGAUGCACCUGGCUGCAACGUGGGUCUCCAUGACAACCGCUGGGUGCCUGCAUUUCACAGCAUCAAUGUGCCAAUAUAUAGGAGGAACUAUAGCCAUGAAAGCUGAAAUUGUGUGUGUGUGUGUGUGUGUGUGCAGGUGUAUAAAAAGCAGGUGGGCUGCAGCAGCUUUAAGUCCUUCCUCUGUCACAGAUAUCAGCUGAUGCCUUCACAUGUGUAACUUGUUUACUAAAAUGAUUUAGCAUCAAAUCUGUUUCUUCCUAAGUAAAGCAUGUUCAGCCCAAAGUUCGUUGUCGUGGUGCAGAUCCACUGACUGUAUGCUGCAGCAGCCUGUCCGACUUUUCCUGCCUGGGCGCUCUGGCUGAUACAGCUUAGCUCUGUUCUGAUUUCACAUUAAGGUUACCAGCUGCCAUGGCUCGACUAACAUCCAUCCUGGGAUGCAACAGCAGUUAACACUUUAGUUUUUCAGCCAGAUGUCAGAAAGCAGUGGAAGCUUCUUGCUUUGUAAACCACCUGUUUACAAAGCAAGAAGCUUUGCAGCAGCAGCAGCAUCUUUACAGCAAAGAAUUGGAUAAACCAGGGACCUGAUUUAGCAUACAUCAAACCACUAGGUUUUAAUUUAGGAGUUAAACUCAGUUCAGCUUUUCAGUCUCCAUUUGGAAAUGUAAGAGAAAUAAAAUUAAUUAAAGAAUUAAAAUUGUACUUCCACAGAGAAAAAUGUUUUAACCAGAAAAAUCACAGGAUUUUGUGCAGCUAAUGGUAACGGAUUUGUUUGGAAGAAACCUGGAUGUUGAGUUGCGACACGCAGGGUGGCGCCCCAUCCCCCAUCUUGGUCUGUAACCUUUCGGAACAAAUUAAGUUUUUUUUUGUUUGUUUGUUUUUUGUUUUAUUGAUCCCCGAUUAACAGUUUGGACUUUUAGGCAGAAGGAAGAGGAUUCCCAGCCAGGACUCCUCUGUGUACCAAGAUUAGAAGAACAGAUUAACAUUCACUGCUGCCAAAAUGGACCUUUGAUCAACUGACCAGUGAGAACACCAGUGUCUGAUGUUCUGCAGGCAGCACAUGUUGAUUAUCAGCUGCUUACAAAUAACUGAUGUGGGAAAAAUGAUCUGCUAAUACUAUAGGAACAUUUAGGAGAGUGAAAAGCUUAAAAAGCAGUAAGUGAUCUCACACCCACACCUGGUCUGUUUCGCUUUGGAUUUGUGUUUGAUUUGAGUGAGAGCUUCCUUUAGCUGAUAGAUAAUCAUUGUAUUCCUUUGUAGGACAUUGAAAAAUGUGGCCUUGGGUCUUUGAGACAAUGCAAUAUGGAAAACGUGACAAUAAAGACUGUUUUAAAAAGUUCUAAAAAAAAAAAAAAAAGAAGAUAUGAGCAUAAACUUUGUUUUUAAUGUUUGCUGGGUUGUCUUCUGGGUCUGACAUUUUCUUUGUAAAAUAUGUUUUUGCUUGAAUAAAAUGCAUUCACGUCUUUC